AAAUUAUGUCUGAUAAGGAAGCAACAUUAAAUGAAAUAGGUAAAAAGGCUAUUGCAGAUACUGAGAAAUUGGCCACAGUAUAGAGAUUUGGACUGUUUUCAUCACCUGUUCCCCUAGGUUUGGGCGACAAUAGUUAUGAUAAUAAACCAAGACGUUUUACUAUUUGUGUUAAUGCUUAGCUGCUCGCAAUGAAUAAGGAAAACCAAUCACAUCUCCUCCAAACAUGAAGGUCACAGCUCCUCAAUCAGGCAAAAUCAAGUCCUCCUACUUUAGUCAAUUAGGCUUUACAACCAUAGGUGACAAAUAUAUUGACCCUGAAAGAAAAAUUCGGAUUCAAGAAUUGGAAGAAAAGAAAAAAUAUGCUAAUGAUGAUAAAAAGAACUUUGUUCCCCCAUCUGGUUACAAAGAACUAGUUGGAGGAGUUUAUAAUCAUGAACCAGAUUAUGAAAUACCAAAAGGUCCAAAUAAUCAUAAGGGAAGCGAUGGCAGAGUCAAUAUUGGACCCAAAAAUGUCACCACAAAUCCUGGUUCCAGUAGUUUGGGCCAUUUCCCAAAACACGAAAAGGAUGAAUACAAUCGUUAUAGGCAAUUCGAAAGGGAGAGGAUCUUUAAUGAAUAAAAGAUGCUCAAAGAUAAAUAACCAUUUAAAAGCACCAUUUAUACAACUGAUAAUUUCAGCAGUGAUAAGCAAAUCUUUGGUGAGACCAACUUACCGAAAGUAAAUUUAUAAUGGAAUUUAGCCAACAUAAGUCAAAGAGUUUAAACCAAACAUCAUGAAACAUGAGGCUCCUUUUAAGCCUUCAAAUCCAACCAAAAGUGGUGAGACUGGCUGUCUAAGCAAAUAUCCUCAGUAUAAGGGAGAUCCUCUUAAACCUACCUAGAGAAUAGACUUUGUCAAAGGAAAAGAUCCCUUCAAGUAAAUAUCCUAAUUAGAAUAGACCUAAUCAUUUAAUGGAAAUGGUCAGACCUACUCCAAGCAUUUCGUGUUUUCCUCAUAAUCUUAAAAGAGAAUUAAACAAUAGAAUGUUUUGAGUCAUUAUCAAUUAAC